AUGAGGAACUUCUUGAUGAACUUCUGCAGGCUAAUUUGUUUGGCGAUAACUUUACCUCUCCAACUAAUGGAGUUUUGGGGCUUAUAUGGCAUAUACAAGCGUUUGUUUCCACUUCUUGCUUACAAUAUCACUUUUUCAUACAACGACAAAAUGCACGAUAACAAGAGGAACCUUUUUCGAGACUUGUGUAAAUUCUGCAACACGGAUGGUACACUUCGACUUCUGGAGAUUGGCUGCGGUAGUGGGGCCAACUUCAAAUACUACCCAUACGGUUGCACGGUCAUUUGCACAGAUCCCAACCCUCACUUUGAGAAGUACCUGCAGAUGAGUAUGACAGCAAGCAACCACCUGACCUAUGAAAGCUUUGUGGUUGCCUCAGGAGAGGACCUGAUGGCAGUGCAAGAUGAGUCAGUGGAUGUUGUUGUCUGCACGCUUGUGCUGUGUUCUGUCAACAAUGUGCCACAGGUACUGGAAGAGGCAAGACGGAUACUCCGAAAAGGUGGUGCUCUGUACUUUCUGGAGCAUGUAGAGUCAGACCCCUCCUCUUGGAUAUACUUCUUCCAGCACAUGCUCCAGCCGAUGUGGUACUACCUGGGGGACGGCUGCAUGGUUACCAGGGCAACGUGGAGAGAUCUGGAGGCUGCUGGGUUCUCAGAGAUCCAGCUCCGACACAUUGAGGCUCCGCGGGUCACUUUCAUGAUCAAACCACACAUUCUUGGAUAUGCCAUCAAGUGA